UUUAAUUAAAAUCGCUUUGACAGAAAAACGAAGUCGGUUACCCCCAUUUUUUUUUUGCUCAAAUAGUUAAAUAUAUACGGAAAAAUGAUAUACUGAAAAAAGAAAAAAAGUUGGGUUGUAGAAGUUUUCUUAUUUCUCUAAAAAUCCGUAAAAAUACUUCAAAAUGGCGCUUUUUACCGUAUGAAUAGUGGCGAAAACAAUGUCUUUUAGUGCGAUCUCUUAAAAUGUGAUUUGUUUUGAACAUUAGCUACUACGGGUUAUUGUUUAGGAGAUCGGGUUUUGGCAGCUCGACAAACAGAACUUAAUUUUCUAAAGACUAUAGGCACUCUUUUUGAAAACUAAGAGUUGGGAUUUUUCCUUGCGCGAUCAGUAAAAACGCGUCAACUCUACGCCCCUCUGUUGUGAAAACGAGGUCGGUACCCCCAUUUUUUAUUACAUUUUUUGAAAGCCCUUAACUUCAAUAUUGUUUAUGCCAAGUUUUAAAAAAAUUCUGGGUUGUACAACUGUUUCAAGGGAAUUACCUUAAGUGUGUGCUGGACAGAUAGCAAAUAACUUCUUAUUUCUCCGUCAAAAAAAAUCUUUUGAAAUAACAGCCGAUUUAAAACAAGACGGGACAUCCAGGACAGAACCGAGGAUUGAUUGAUAUGGAAUUUUUGUGUUCCCGUUUAUAAGUACACUGAGUCGUCCAGGCUUCACCGGACCAGUUAUUGGACGCCAUAUUUGGCCAAUAACAGACCAACUAGGCCUUAUCUCGACUACGCCUGGAAAUUUCAAUUAUUCUCUGUUCUUCUGUAGCGCAGUCAGAGAAUGCUUUUAAAUGUAGAGAAUUCAUAUCGAAGAGUAUAGGGGUCCGGCGGUUGGAGCUCCCAUGAAUCGCAAGCUCCCGCCAUAGUAUGUUAAAUGGUGAUAAAAUCUCAAAAUGACCAUCUCAAAACAAAGUGUUAUCUUCAUUUAUCAAAUUCAAUAAAAAAAGCUUCACUGUAAAUGCCGAGAUGCUUUCUCACGCUUGGUAUUUUACAAAAAAAAAGUGUUGGCUCAUUGAGACUUUAACAUAAUACACAUAUGUUGCUUAUUCGGUUGAGAACUUUAAAUCAAUCAAGUGGGAAAUGAUUGUUGUGAAUGCUUUUAUCGGUUAAUAAACACGCAGAUUUUCUAUUGAUCUCUCUGGUUGGUCUGGGAGGGGGGGUGGGGUAUUUCUUACGACGAGCGCACGGUUUAAUGUAUGCAUUGAUUGCUUGAUAAAAGGUAUUCACAUAAAUUUUCGCACUAAAGCCCUCCCCUCCCCAACAAUUAACGCUGGAAGUUUUUGGUGCCGACAUUGUUAAAAGAAGUUGUUGGUGCUUCUCAUCUCCUGCGCUUCAAUUUGUAUUCUCUGAGCUUUCUAUGUUGCUGUUUCGUGAGUAUUAUGGAAAUUUUAUUUGUUAUGAGGGCGACGUGAAACUCGAGAGGAACCUUUGGCGCGACUAGAGCGCGCGAGCAUUAGCGGAAAUAUGAUUAGCAUAAAUGCAGAUGUAACCUCCAAUAACCCCUCCAAAUGAGCGUAUGAAAAGCCAGUUUAUGGGGAUCUAACGUCGUAGUACAAGCCAAAACAAAGGUGCUUUUUGUGAUUGCAGAUGUCUCCAUGUAAGGUACCUUAAGAAGACGUAAAAGAAAAUUAAAAUGUAUAUCGAAAAAAAUCAACUACUAGAAUACGGUGAUAUCAGUUUCGAUGAGGAAGACGACGAUGAAGGAUUCUUUGCAAUUUUAUCGGAUUCCGAGAUGUCCCCGAAAAAAGGCCAAAUGUCUUCAUGGCGAGCCGUUGUAAAUCUGCUAAGCUACAUUGAAGGGCCCGGGAUUCUUGCGCUACCCUUUGCGCUUAGCAAAGGCAAUGGCGUGGCCCUAGCUGCUUUAGUAGUCGUCCCAAUGGUCGCGUUUUACACAGGAAAAAUCCUAAUUGAGUGUCUCUACGAUCUGAAAAUAAACGGUCGAAUAGUGCGCGUCAGAGAAAAUUACUACGGCAUCGCAAGAGAGAUAUGGCCGCGGUUUGGCGCGCAUGUCGUCGUGGCAUCUCAGUUGAUGUCUUUCUGUUUGUUGGGAUCGCUUUACUUGGUACUCAUGGGGGACCUGUUGAAGACGUCACUUCCGGAUUUGAGGCUAUCUACCAGGCAGUGGAUGGUGAUAAUGGCGUGCACAGGGGUCCCGUCGAGCUUAUUCAGGUCGUUAGCGCAAGUAGCGUGGCUUAGCCUACUUAGCAUAUUCGCGCUUAUCUUAUCAGUGGUCCUAGUGGUAGUCUACAGUGUUUAUAACCACUCGACCUGGGUCAUUACCACAAGUAAUAUUCUCCCGCAGGUGAAUAUUGAAAGCGUUCCUAUUGCCCUUGCUAUUGUCGUGUUCAGCUAUUCUGCCCAUGCGUCAUUGCCUGGCUUAGAGGCGAGUUUGUCUAACCGCACGAACUAUAACGCUAUACUGGGACUUUCCUAUUCACUCAGUUGCUUUAUUAAAUUGGUCUUUACUUUUGCGGCAUUUCUAACUUUCCAUCCUAAUAUCCUCCCUGUUAUAACAACCAGUAUGCCAAUGUCGCAUAUCUACAUAGCUGUCACUGCCUUUCUGAUACUCAAUUCGCUGUUCUCCUAUCCAUACCGUAUAAUGGCCAUGGUGCACAUUGUAGAGAAUUCUCUUAUUCCGGAGUCCAUCCGUUCCAGGGUCCCAGACUUGGUCUGGUAUACUGUAGUUCGCUUAGUGCUAAAUUUCCUAACGUUAAUUCCAGCGGUCCUAAUCCCUCAUUUUGCCCUACUCAUGGCCUUCAUGGGCAGUGUAAUCAGCAUCUUAACAGCUAUUAUCUACCCCUGUGUGUUUCACCUGUUUCUGAAGCACAGGGAAAUCUCCCUGUGGCAGACCUUGUUAGAUAGAGCGUUUGUAAUUCUAGGAUUUUUGGUCAGCGGUAUGGGUCUUCUAGCAACAGGAAGGCAAGUGUAUUCAACCGUGUAUUCAGAGAGUGAAUAAAUUAGAUUGCUGA